AAGAAAGGUCCUUCAUGUGUCUGUAUAUGUAAGUGUAUGUAUAUGUUCCUCCCAAAAAGGUCAAUACCAGAGAAAAAGGAAAAAGCUAACUUGGGUCUUGAUCAGGCCUAAAACCUGACAGUUCCCUCUACAGAUGGAAAGAAUCCAGAUGAAAAUAGUGAAACUUCAUGGGUCAAGGUUAAUGUUGAUCAAAGUGGUUUCUAUAGGGUAAAAUAUGGAGAAGAGCUUGCCGCCCGACUGAGGAAAGCAAUAGAGAACAAUUAUUUGUCAGCAAUGGAUAAAUAUGGCUGUUUAUGUUGCUGUUAUGAGGAAUGCUAGUAUAACAAAUAGAAAUGGUUUUAUGUCCCUACUGAAGAUUUAUAGAGAAACUGAUGCAGUCCACGAGAAGGAACGUAUUUUACGAACAAUAGCCUCUUCUCCGAAUCUGGAGCUAGUUGAAGAGGUUCUGAACUUUUUAAUAUCUGAUGAGGUUCGAGAUCAAGAUAUUGUUUGUGGAUUCGCUGGAAUAAGCUUAGAAGGGUGUGAAAUAGCAUGGAGGUGGUUGAAGGUAUGCAGUUCUCUACAAAAUUGGUUUAAGGUCAUCAAUGCACUUUUCUUUAAGCCUCAAUUACUCAUAUGAGACUUUUGGGAAGACCAGCCAGGAAUAUUAAUAAACCACUGUUAGUUUUGGAUGUGAUCAAACAUCUCUAAUGUUUGUUGACUCUUUAAAUUUGCCAUUUCAUGCAUGAUUGGAAAUGAAUGCAGGAGAACUGAAAUCUUAUUAUACACAAGUAUGGUGAUGGUAUUCUUCUCAGAAGGCUCCUUGCAGAUAUCAUUUCUCAGGUGAGCAAUUAAUCCUAACAGAAUAACCAUGAUAGAUUUACAUACAUGGAUUGGAAUUUAUAACCCAAAAGCUUGAAUUAUUAAAUUCCUAGAACCCCAGACAUGAUGAUAACGUCUGUACCUUAGAACAUGACAUUUCUUGAAACAAGGUCAAGUUUUCCAGUAGAAGACUUUGAUUUAUUGGUCUUAACUGAUUGAUCCAUUAAUAGUUAAAGCCAGUUGACAUCCAGAUUUCCAUUAUAACUGCUUGUUUGAGUGAACUGAUUUGGUAAUAAUUCAUGUGGCAGUUCAGCAGCAAUGAGAAAGCUGAUGAGAUAGAAGAAUUUUUUGUAAGCCAUAGGAGACCUUCAUUUGAAAUGACUUUAGCAAAUCCGAAUCAAAGUAAGGUGCGCUGAAACCAAAAAGCAAGAACGACAAUCUGUUGAAGACCUACUCAAGCAAUUAGCUCACAAGGGAUGAUUACUUCUGUUGUGAUCUGAAUUCCUUAAAAUUUAUGACCCUGACAUAUUUGUAUAUUACUAGUAAGUUUGUAAAAUGACAGCUCCAAAUCUUUAACCUGACAUCAAUAAACCUUAUCCAGUAAUAACUUCAUGCAUUUAAAACUCGUUUAGAUUGCCAUUUUGGUUUUUUCUCGAAGUGGUAAGGAUCAAAUGAAAUAUUACCUGCAAUUGUGUGUUCUGUUCCACUAUUAAACUGUAUAUUCUUUUCUCUUAAUACAAAAAGAAAAAUAUAUAUAUCUUGAGUUGCGGCAUGCCACUUAUUUGAUAAUCUUGUGCUCUUAUUAUUGCUAAUUAUUAUAUAUUGAACAUGCAAGAGGACUGGGGAAUUAUAUGUAUAGCUUCAUUGCUUUAUUAUUAUAAACUCGGGUUUAGUCCAAAUUAUCAUUCUAGAGAUGAUAUUUAAUUAAUUUAAAGUUCGAAUCUUAAGGGUUAUAAUUUUU